UUGGACGUGGCUUGGACGUUGGACGUUGAAUAGUUUUUGGACUUUUUUGUUGUUAACUGCGUACAUAUUAUUUAUAUGAAUGUUCGGGUGUAUAUAAAUCAAGUAGUAGAUAAUUGUUGAGUUUACAAAAAUUAUAGCGAGGAAUAAAGAGAGAAAAUUAGUUCCACAUGAUAAAAAAUUACUCGCAGUCCUUAUCUUCCAGUCAUCGCUCGUGCUCUCAUCGUCGGCUCGUUGUUCAUCUACUUAAUAGGCACACCAGCUUUUUUUGGACGUGAAACAGAGACGAGAGCGCUGACGCGUCGCAGCCGAAAGCCGUAAGGAUGGCCGGCUCGCCAGAGUUGCCCGGUACGGAGGAGCACAGCGUGGCCGACGAGCCGAUGUUCAGUAUACUCGAUCUCACGCUUAUCGGCGUCCUGGUGCUCGCCGCCAUCUGGUACAUGUUCGGCAGGAAGAAGAACGAGGACUACACGUCUGUCACCAAGUCAUACACCAUACAACCCACGACAUAUGCGCCGGUCCAGCCGUCCGAGAAUUCCUUCAUUAAAAAGCUCCAGUCGUCCGGACGCAGCCUCGUGGUGUUCUACGGCAGUCAGACUGGCACAGCCGAGGAGUUUGCCGGCCGGUUGGCCAAGGAGGGCAUUCGCUACAAGAUGAAGGGCAUGGUCGCCGAUCCCGAGGAGUGCGAUAUGGAGGAGCUGGUCAAUUUGAAGAACAUAGGCAACAGCCUGGCGGUGUUUUGUCUGGCUACCUACGGUGAGGGCGAUCCUACCGAUAACGCCAUGGAGUUCGUUGAUUGGCUGAAAACCGGCGACGCCGAUUUCAACGGCUUGAAUUACGCGGUUUUUGGUCUUGGAAACAAAACUUACGAGCAUUACAAUGAAAUCGCCAUUUACGUGGACCACCGAUUGGAGCAACUUGGAGCCAAUCGUGUCUUUGAACUUGGCCUUGGCGAUGAUGAUGCCAACAUCGAAGAUGACUUUAUCACAUGGAAAGAAAAAUUCUGGCCAGCUGUGUGCGAUUAUUUCAAUAUCGAAGGUGCUGGUGAGGAUGUUAGCAUUCGCCAGUACAAACUUACCGAGCACAAUGAUAUGCCGGUUGAAAAGAUCUACACUGGCGAGUUAGCACGACUCCACUCAUUGAAAAACCAGCGACCUCCAUUCGAUGCCAAGAAUCCUUUCCUUGCUCCGGUCAAGGUGAACCGCGAAUUGCACGGACCUUCUUCCGACAGGUCUUGCAUGCACAUAGAAUUCGACAUCGAAGGAUCAAAAAUGCGCUACGAGGCCGGAGACCAUUUGGCCGUUUACCCGGUCAAUAACUCUGAGCUCGUUGACAAGAUUGGCAAAAAAUGUGGCGUUGAUCUUGACACUGUCAUUACUUUGACCAACACUGAUGAGGAAUCUACAAAGAAGCAUCCUUUCCCCUGUCCUUGCACAUAUCGCACUGCUUUAACCCAUUAUUUGGAUAUUACCAGUAAUCCUCGUACUCACGUAUUGAAAGAGUUGGCGGAAUAUUGUUCCGAUACUGCUGACAAAGAGAAGCUCAAGCUUAUGGCAUCUACAAGUGCCGAGGGCAAAGCUCUCUUCCAACAAUGGGUCAUCCAAGAUAACAGAAAUAUCGUUCAUAUCUUGGAAGACGUAACAAGCCUGAAACCAGCUUUGGAUCAUCUGUGCGAAUUGCUGCCUAGACUGCAGUGCCGUUACUACUCGAUAUCUUCUUCGCCUAAGUUGCACCCCUCGGAAGUCCACAUCACUGCUGUUGUUGUCGAGUACAAAACCUCGACUGGUCGUAUCAACAAGGGUGUUACGACAACCUGGCUCAAGGAAAAGCAUCCUUCUGAUCCUUCAUGUGUCGUACCGAUUUUCGUGCGAAAAUCGCAAUUUCGCUUACCAUCGCGUACUCACGUACCCAUUGUUAUGAUUGGACCAGGAACUGGUCUUGCGCCGUUUAGAGGAUUCAUUCAAGAACGCGAUAUAGCUAAAAAGGACGGUAAAAAUGUAGGCGACACAAUUCUCUACUUUGGUUGUAGAAAGCGUGACGAAGAUUUCCUCUACAAGGAAGAGCUGCAACAAUACGUGGACAAUGGAACUUUGAUUCUACACACUGCUUUCAGUAGGGAGCAAGCAAACAAGGUCUACGUGACGCAUUUACUCGAGAAGAACAAGGAUGAGUUGUGGCGGGUGAUUGGCGAACGAAAUGGCCAUAUCUACGUUUGCGGUGAUGCACGAAACAUGGCACGUGACGUGCACAAUAUUCUGCUGAAAGUAGUAAUGGAGAAGGGCAAUAUGACUGAGCUCCAGGCCGCCGAUUAUAUCAAAAGGAUGGACUCGCAGAAGCGCUACUCUAGUGAUGUGUGGAGUUGAAUUGGCCAAGCUAGGAAAGGAAAGAAACUGCAGAAUGUGUCUUCUAAGCACAAAGAAACUCUGCAUGUGUCGUUGCGAGUGCCUGAGUAUCCCUCGAUAUCGCUCCUCACAAAAGUUUUUUUAUAUGAAUAUACACAUGUCUAUACUUAAAAAAUCAACUAUAUCUUUUAUAUAUAUCUGUAUAAAUGUUGAAGAUAACGCACAUGGGACUUUUAAAAAGUCUGAUGUAUGUAAUGUACUUGGUGACUGGAAGAUCAUGUUAGCCAAUUUUACAUUGUGAUAAUGUUGAUUGGAUGUUGUUAGAUAGAUCAAUAUUUUAUUAACUCAAUUGCAAGUAAUGUUUAACAUGAAUAAUAAAUUCUUCCACAUGCUCUUGCUAAGCAUUACUUAGUCUGUUUCAAAAUAAUAUGAAGCAAUUAUGACAAGUACUGUUUUUUAGUGAAAGAGAGUAUAUAAAAUAGUAUAAGAAAAAAGAUGUGUUUUGAAUUGACUUUGUAUAUUUUUUUGUUGGGAUAGAGAUAUAAAAUAAUUUUUGUAUAAAAAUGUCAAAAGCAAUGUAACACACAUUUUUCUAGAAAUGAAAAAAAAUUUAUUAGAUGAAUUUUAUUGAUUUAGUAAUUUAUAUUGUUAAAGUAAGAAAUAUAUUAUUAAACACUACGUUUAAAUGUACAAACCUCAUUCGCCUUGCAAUAGGUACAUUAUUCAAUUAUAUUUAAUAUGUACAUCGAAUGCGUAUUAAUCAACUCUAUUACAGACUGUCUUAUAGUUUGCAAUACAUAAAUGUAAAAAGUCUUUUGUAAAAGAAAAAAAUCGCGUGCCACAAUUGAAAUAAUUAAAUACACAAAAAA